AUGAGCAAUGAAGGUGCCCAUGUAUACGAAAAUAUAGCAUUAGACGAAGAGGCGUAUGCGAGAUAUGUUUGCAAAAAUGCUAUACAAUCCAUGCCUGAGAAUCACAAAAUUCCAGUUCUGACAAUUCCUAGAUCUUCCUUUACUGCGUUCAGACUUACAUAUGCCUCUCCUGUGGAAAUUUCACAGAGUUCGAAAUCUGUUCUUCUGGGAGGAGUGCCCAACCUAUGGUACAUCCAACACAAAAACAACUUUGUCAGGUCAAUGUACCAAUUUGCGUACAAAAAUGUGACAAGAAGGGUGCAACAGGCUGGGAAGUACGCUAAUUUUAGGCGGCACCGCUCAGGUCGAAAAUUUCGUCGUCCAGGCAGCACUACACCGAGAAACUUGCGUCUGAGCAAAGAACAAAACCAGGAUAGACAAAGUGCCACUGAAAUAGGAUUGGAAGGCCUUCAGGGCGAAGUUUGUCUUGAGGAUUCACCUACCAGAGACUCGAUUUCAAGCGAAGAUGAGGCCAACAGCGUCACCGUUGCAGAAAUCGAGGGCCUGGUCAAAUCCUCCUCUUCAUCUUCCCAAGGAAUGGAGUCGAAAAACUAUCGUCAAAUACCACGUAUUCGAGAACGUCAAUGUUCGCAGUCUUCUAAGCAAUCCCUGCAGUCCCAGAUUAAUUCCAAAAUCCCCGAAACUCACAGUGAUGCGUCAAUAUCCGAGCUUGACACAAGUAACGCCAAACACGAAGAACGCCGCAACAGUUGCAAGCAUGCUCAAAUGACCUUAAGCAGAGAUUUGCAAAAUUUCGAGGAUCAUGAAAGUCUCAUUCCGGCCACAAAUCCUCGAAAUGCCUUAAGAAGCACUCCUAGCGUUCGUGACAGUAUUCAGUCAGAAUCCUACUAUUCGGCUGAUGACGGGUACAUUUCAGAAAACCAAACUCGAAAGUGCUCUGUAGACGAAGAAUACAGUUCAACAGUGCAAGAUUAUUUUGGGGGAAACGAAGAUACACUUGCGAAAGACGCACGUAAUUUGAAUCAGAGGUUUCAGGAAUCAGGAUCUGAGAAUGGUACAAUCUCGGAAAGCUUUCCAGACACAUUGAGUACUGGCCCAAAUAUGACGCCUCGACUCUAUCAUACUGAUGUCCCAAGAUUGAUCAAAGAUUCCCCAGAAACCGCUGAUUUGUCCUCUGUGAGAUUCAAAGAAGAGCCAAAACCGAAGCAUUUACAGCAACAUUCCAUGAGAGAUAGAAACACCAGGAUUAACACCGCCUAUUCCGCCUCUAGUUUCUUAUCAACCAGUUCGGACGAGGAACAAGUUGUGGUGUCGCGCGACGAAUGUCAAUCAAAUGCAAAGUGCAGUCUCAAAGUUUUGAGUCCACAGCCGUAUGCUCUGGGCAGGCAAGAAAGCGUUAACAUGCAAGCUCUCAAUCGCCGCAAGAUGUUAAAGGAGGUCAAAAGUUUUGUCACCAAAACAGGUAAAAGAAUUCACUUGAACAAACUGGAUAAGCUUCACUUUGACCUAAGUAGUGUCAUGGGAAGAGAUUCAAGACUGUCACAAAGACUCUUCACCAAAUAUCGAGCAGGCGAAGUCGUGAAAAUGGAAAAGAUGCUUGUUUUUAUCAAAUCAUCCAAAUCUACUCGUGGACCACUCCUUAACUUUUCGGACGUUGAGCCCAUUGACACCAGAGUCGUUGAAAGGUGGAAGGAGUACAUUGUGGUGGCAAGAGCUACAGGAAGGUCGGAAUCUCCGCUUUACAUACAGUUCUACCGCGACAGCAAGAUACCGCGAGUCGAGACAAACGCUCAUACGGAGACAUACAAAGCAAAUUCGAUGGACUUUAUGUUGGACUCAUCUUGUAUUGUGGAUUUCUACAAUACCUUAGAUAAAACGAUUCAUGUGAUAAAGUCUUCACGCUCUUGCUCAGAGGAAGGAAAGGGAACAAACGGGGAAAAUCUCGAAGAUGUUGGAAAACUGAGGAUUUACAUAUUAAGGUGUGGUUCUUUUGCAUCAGCUGAAAAAUGGUUGCUCUUUCUAAGACAGUCGUUAGGGCAUGUGAAUGAAUCUGGAAUGGUUACUGUCAACGUCCCUGAGGCCGGGUUUUCACUCGAGAUCCCGAUGUCGAGAAAUUUACGACGUAGAUUUGAGAAUAAAGCUUUUACUGAAGAGGAGCAAUUCAAAGUUUUGAUGAUGCCGAGAGGCUACAAGCCUCUAGGAUAUCCUUUGGCAAGAUAUCUGGAAGUCGUGAUCCUAGGAAAGCUACUGGAGUGCGGUUUUAAAGCAACAUCGUUGGGGUGGAUCCAAGCAAAUACGUUAACUGGGUUCUGUUGGAAACAUUACGACAGACUUGAAUGGUGCCCAGGAGAUCAGUACGAUUCAAUUGUCGGCGGAGUUUCACUACAGGCAUCUCACUUGCUAGAGUAUCGGACUUUGUCACAUUAUCCACGAAGUGUAAGGAAGAAUUCAAGAGAGACGUUGGUUGAACCUCCUGGCAUUGAAGGGUUUUUAAUGAAGUGCACGGAUCGAUACGGGAAGGAAAUAGAAAAAGUGCUGCACACUGCGUACUAUCGCUUCUCGUACUUUUUCACCUCAGAUAGUCUUUUGUUUUUCAUGAGUUCUUUUAAAGGAGCCCCUCCUCUUCCCAAUGAAAUGAUCAGCAGAAAUGGGGCAUGCGCUUACGAUGUCCAGCGGAUGAAGGCUAAUAUUGCUUCUGUCCCCAAAAUUUUCGAACACAAUCCAUAUCCUCUAGACUUGAAUAGUCAUAUCGAAUGGCUUAAUUCCAAGCUGAUGUCGGAAGAGUUUGAUGAAAAGGACAGUAUCGCUUUUGCUGCAAUGUGGAGAAAGAUAGCCCUCAUUUUGAAAGCGGAGAAGAUUAUCGAUCUGACCGAAGUAACUUCGGUCUCAAAACUUGAUGUCCACCUAACAAAGACAAACAUUUUAAGAUACAAAAUCUUGGCGAGGGCCAACAACUUUGUGUGGAAAGCUUCAAAUACGCUUGAAGACACUUUGAAGUCAACAAUUGUUCUUUCAAUGAGAAAUGGCUUGAGCGUGAAGCUCCUAGCGUCUUCUCCUGAGCUUGCAGAGGAGUGGGUGUCGAGACUUAACUCAUUGAGGAAGUACUGGAAAUAUAGGAAGGCAGAUGAUGUUAAAAACAUGUGGUCUGCGAAAGUUGAGAACCUUCGCACUCUGAAAAUACCUGAAUCAGAAGAGUCCAACAUUAGCCAAAUUACUCCCAAAUGGGUUACAGACCGUGGCGUAGCAAAUGAAGAGGUUCAUAACAUAAGCGCUCAAGCUUUAACAAGGCCUUUGAUGCAAAGCGGUGUGCUAUAUCAAAAGAGACACAAGCACGCCAGCUUCAAAAAAUUCUUUGCUCUGCUAAUUCCUGGCUUUUUGAUACUUUACAGGUAUCACAAAAGUGCAAAAUCGAGCCAUUCCAAAACUGUGGUCGAUCAUCGACACUACCUUACAAUCCCCAUAGAGGAAUGCUAUGUCUACAGCGGAAAUCUAACUUCGUUGGAUUUACUCCAGCGAGACAAACAAUUUGAUCGUCUGAACUCCGGUAACAAUUCUCUUCCAAGGGUUUAUCCAGACGGGUGGAGAUCGAGCGAAGAUGAAUCUACAAGAUGCUUCACGCUCUGGUUCGGCACAAAGGGAGCCCUGUCAAAUUACAAUUCUUUGUUCUCGCAUUCACCGGACAACGAACUACAUGGCCCCGAUUCGUCACAUUCAGCAGAACCCUACUCGAUCGAAAACAAUGGUGCGUUGAAUACGAGUUCGUCUGACGGACGUGAUCUCAGUAUGGAAGAAAAUUUGCAAAAAAAGACGGGCUCUUUGAGGUUGGCAAGCAGGCUGGGCGUUGCCGGUAGCUCACUAGUCUUUAUGGCGCGCUCUCGUCAAGAGAGAGACCAAUGGGCAUUGAAGUUACAUUACGAAUUGGGACGUCUGAGAGCCGGCGAUGAUGAUCCGUAA